UAGAACCAUUGAGUAAGGACGGAAGUUAUGAGCAACUUGUGUUUGAAGAGUUGGUUUCUGUAUUCUAGAUAACACAAUUUGGCUGUAAAUGCACUGAAACUAUUAUUGAACACUGUCUGUAAAGUAAAGUAACAGUACACAUGUCGAGAAGUCUAUCAACAGAUCAAUACAAUCAGAUCACACAAAAUUUAACAACACCUCGAGUUUUGGAAGUGUGAACUGAGUGAAAUCUUGUUAACAGGCUCUCUCAUCAAUAACAAAGGACCGAGUCAAAAUGUGCCUUUUAUUCAGUAACGAUGUUACUCAGUAGAAUCUUCAGAGUCGUGGCUCGUUCUGCCAGUAACCAUAGCAUCUGUUUAAACAGAACACUCAGUAAACAGUGGUACAACGUUUUGUGUCUUCUAAGUAAACACUUGAACUUUGUGAAAAUGAUGAGCGAUAAUGCAUCAUCGAGAAACUUUAAAUUCCAAGAUGGAGAGAAACCCUUUACAGUUUCUAUUGAAGGAAACAUCGGGGCAGGCAAGACUACCCUCGUGAACUUCUUCUCUAAGCAGAAGGACGUCACUGUUAUUGAAGAGCCUGUUAAGAAAUGGCAGAAUGUCCGUGGCCAUAAUCUCUUUGAUCUGAUGUAUCAUGACCCUCAACAAUGGAGCUUUGUGUUCCAGUCCUACGUUCAACUCACCAUGCUGGAGAAUCAUAGCAUCCAAGUUGACACCCCUAUCAAACUAAUGGAGCGGUCGGUACACAGCGCUCGAUAUUGCUUCGUUGAAAACAUGCAUCUUGAGAAGAAGAUGUCCGACCCAGAGUUUGUAGUCCUGGAUGAGCUUUACCAAUGGGUCGUCAGAAACCAUGAUUUCAGCGUUGAUCGCAUCAUUUAUCUUCAGACCACACCCGAGAAAUGUCAUGAGAGAGUUCUUGAGCGUUGCCGAGAUGAAGAAGAGGGUAUUCCGCUGGAGUAUUUACAAGGUAUUCAUCAAAGAUAUGAAGAUUGGUUGAUCCAUAAGAAGUUUCCUGUCCCAGGGUCCGUGAUGGUUCUGGAUGCGACGUCCUCGCUGGAGGAGAUGCUGAGGACAUAUGAAACUAAACAGAACACUAUCUUGUGCUAAGGAUGAAGGAAACAGGCCUGAAUUUCAUCUUUGAGAGGGCAAGGCCAUUUCAUUUUGAGAUUUUUGAAGUCUAUGGGAAACAUUUAAAGGGGC